CAUAGACAUUGAUAUGUUCUCUGUUGUGACUCAGCGUGUAGUGCAGCAAUGCGUCUUGCAGCAAGCCUAUAUUACCCAAUGUGACACACGGAAGUUACACAAGCUGGGUGGUUAGCGAACACGGAAUUCAUCACAAGCAUUCGAUGUUUUGCUAAAUAAAGAUGUGUCGCCUAACACUGUGGGCUGUUCUGGUGUGGACUGUCUUCAAAGCUGUGUGUGCCGAUGACGUCCCCUGUCCUGGCGGUGUGGCUGAACUCAACACAGAGUACAGUCUAACCAGCGACAGAAGGAACUACACAGGUUGGGCCUGGGUACAACCAGGUGACGAGCGGCAUGUUGCAACGUGCAACCAGUCGUGUAGCGCUGAAGCAGGAUACAGUGCCACUAUGAACGCUACACACACCACAUUGACAAUAGACAGUGUUGGGAGGAACCAGUCUGGUACCUGGACGAUCCUGGAUACUGGAAGUAACUCAUCUGUGGCCUCAGAAGUGUGUCACCUUGUUACUGCAGAGCUCCCACAAUGCAACAUCAGCAGUGAUGCAGACACUGAUGCCCUUGAACUUGGCAGAAAGGUCACACUCUCAGUGGAGACCAGAGGCUACUUCUGUUCUGGAGGCGCCGGUCUGGACCUUACAACUGGAAACAUCACAGAGGUGCUGCUACAGAAUCUAACAGGCAACCUCACAGACGCCGUCGCGAACACAACCUUCAACAUAUCAUCUGACCGACUGGGAGAGGUCAAGGUCACGUAUCAGUGUGACAGAAGGACAUGGAUGCUGGGUUGUGGCGGAGUUCAGAGGUUAAAGGCUGCGACCUCUUCAACAGUCGGCACGUCAACAGAUGCUUCUACAACAACGGCAGAAACACCCACGUCGACAGGCACACCUCUCACGGAUGGUACAUGUACGGGAGGAAUGAGUCUACUGGGCGAGGUGUACCACAUUGUGAACGGCAGAAGCAACUACACCGGGUUCGCAUGGGUCCGACCUGAUGACCGCUACGUCGUCACCUGCAACCCCAGCUGCAGCCCCGUGGCGGGAUAUAGAGCUACCAUCAACGUCACACACUCCACACUCACUAUUGCUGGUAUUGGGAUCAUCGAUGUUGGGACAUGGAAGAUCGUGGAUGCCACUGUUGUGGGUGCCGUCCCUGUCGACGUGUGUCAACUGACGGCAGCAGGACGUCCACGGUGCAGCAUCAGCAGUGAGGAGGACACCGACUCCCUGGAACCUGGAACCCAGCUGACACUGACAGUGGACAUCACAGACUACUACUGUUCUGUGGAGACUGGCUUUGAUCUCACUACUGGUGCAGUGACUGACGAGUUAGUGAAGACUCACAACGUCAGUGCUGUAUCAUCCCAGACCGUCAACAAAACAUUCAACAUUGACGUCAGAAGACUAGGAGACGUGAAGCUGAACUUCCAGUGUGACAGAAGUCGGACUCUUACUUGUACUGGUGUCCAGAGGCUCAUGAAAAGUCCCCCGCAGUGCAACAUCAGCAGUGAUGUUAACACCAACGCCCUGCAGCUGGGUUCGAACCUCACCCUGACCCUGGGCCUCAGAAACUACUACUGCCACCGACACUCUGGGUCUGACAUCACCACUGGCAGCAUCACCGACGUGCUGAUGCAGAACCAGACAACCAGCAACAUCACCGACACUGACCUAGCCACCUCGUUUGUGGUCACAUCGGAUCACCUUGGCAACGUCAGCGUCACGUUCACGUGCGACACAACGACCAAAACACUCGAGUGUGGAGGGGUUGACCGCUUGACGGAGGCAGCUCCCACAACCACCGGCUCAACGUCAACAUUAACGUCAACACCAACAUCAUCACCACCGUCAACGUCAACACCUGCAUCUACAGAAGCAACUUCGACCACAACUCUUCCCACCUCGUCAGAAGAAUCGACACUGACGUCAGAAGAGCCGAUGACGUCAGAGGAUCCGCCAGCGACAGCCAGUUCUCCAUUGCCUAAAGAUACAGGUCAAUCCGAAAAGUUGACUGUCGGUCUGUCGGUCGGUGUGAGUUUGUGUGUCCUGUUGGUUGUCGUCAUUGUAGCAUUAAAAAUCUACAAUGAAAGAUUUACUAAGGAGAAACGACGCAUGCGUGAUGAAGUAGGCUUGAAAAGUAUGAAAAUUAUUGCUGAAAAUGAACGUUUGUAGAAAUGACUGUAUAAUUAAAGGAAGUCAUCGACCGAUAGCCAUGGGCCGGAGUACGUCAAACAGCACCUGAUCUCGAAACGUAACAUAUCUUUUUUCUGCACACGCCAGUACAGAACAACCAAGUGAUACUUAGGAUAGAGAGAUAUAGGUAGCCCAUCAAAAGUUUGGACUCACUGAAAACACUCACUAUAUGUUAUGUAUAUAUAUAUAUGUGGUUACAUCGAAGAUGAAUUUCUCCACUAACUUGGGGGAACCAACUGCAAACCUCAUGCAGAGGAAUUGUGACGAGGAUCAUGCAUCAAAUUGCUGAAAAGCACGUGCAAAUAUCGUGCCUGUAAACGGGUGGGUUUUGGUGUAAACCGUUGUUAAGAAUUCGACAAUUUUCACUAAGUUUUAUCAUUUCUUGAACUCAUGACAAUAAUCUUUUCAAAGUUACGAAUUUGUUUUACAAUACAUCAGUUCAUGUGUAAACAGUACCUUUAAACAGUAUGGAAUAUUUUGCAAAAUCUAGUUUAGAACAGUUGCCUGAAGUAAGUGGCUACAUUUACACUAGUGAGUCUAAACUUUUGAUAAGUAUAUGUCAAGAGUGCGAUGUAAACGAUAAAUCGUUCAAAACGAAUUCAUUGAACCAAAUUCACAACAACGUGAGAUUACAGAGAGAGUUCAGAAUAUGAACCUUCAUAUCCAUAACGCAAGGGAAUCUGUCACAAUCUUCGGUGCAGCUGUUGUACAUUGUGCGAGUUUUGUUAUAAAAGGAGGAGAAUAACUGCAUGUUCUCAAUCAGCAAUUAAUAACCCUAGUGUUAUAUUUGGAAGCUAUAUAUGUAUGAUCAGUUUUGUUAAAGUAUGUAUAAAAAAGACCUUUUGUGGCCUGUCUUAGGCAGAAUCGUAUCUACUAUUUUACAGCAUUUUACCACGUUCAUGUACUUUCAUCAUCUUUGCCCGUGAGUGUCCUUGUUAAAAUACUAUAUAUUUAUCGUGAAAUCAACAACCACUGAUUUAUGACAGUAAUUCCAUGUAUAUUUGCUGUGGUGACUGUGAUAUGUCUGCAUGUGUCAGUCAAAAGCGGGUGUAAAUCAAGGGCGGAUACAAUUUUUUGAGAGGGGAUGGGGGUGCACAGUUCAUUUUUACCCGUUUCAUUUUUCACCCAACACACGCACGCGCGCGCGCACACACCUGUGUAUGUGAAUCCUGUAAAGCCACUGAGAUACCCGACCUCUGUGGUCACCACAAGAAUGUAUUUGUUCACCAUUGUAACAACCAGUACUGUUGUCUGGAAAGGGGGCGUUGGGGUAGCCUAGUGGUUGGCUCGUCACGCCGAAGACCCGGGUUCGAAUCCCCACAUGGGUACCAUGUGUGAAGCCCAUUUCUGGUGUCCCCCGCCGUGAUAUUGCUGGAAUAUUGCUAAAAGCGGCGUAGAAGCAAACUCAGUCAGUCAGUUGUCUGGAAAGCAGGAUAUCGCGUGGCAUCAAAGGCGGAACAUUAGCCAAGUAACACAAGAGCUGCCCAAUUACCAUCAUCAACAACAUCUCAGAGAUCUUCUGUAGUCGUCAGUAAUACCGGAAGUAUAGUCACCACGACCACGCUAAUUGUCUGACUGUCACACACAAGUUACCACAUGCUGAUUGUUAAGUUUGUAUGAACCACCACCGAUGAGCCUAAUUUUUGGUCAUGUGUAUAUUUUGACAUCUUCCGCAAUCAUUGCUGUGUCUCUGAUUGCAGCUGUUGCAUUUUAACAUCUUGUGCUUUGAUAUAUUCUUUUGCAGUUUUUUUGGUUUUCUUUGAUAUCAUGAUAUUUCGCUUUUACAAUAAUUUUUGUUUCUAAGAAAUUCGAUGUUACUUUAAGUAUCAUCCCUAGUGAUGUUUAAUCUAAACUGACGAACAAAAGAAAGUACACACCUGGUGCUUUUUGAUUACUUUCCAAAGAGCGACGUAAUUGUUUUGAAAGGAGUUUUUACAGUGUUAUAUAAGUCAGAGACUUUCCUAGUAUGUUGCCAAGAUACCACAGAUAUCGUGCCCAAUUGUUAAGUUACCAGUCAAAAUCACUACACUUUUCAAAUAAUCC